GGAACGAAACAGUAUUUCGUUGUUCUGCAAGGAACUCUAAACUAUCUAUGAAGAUCUUUCGUCUAUACAUACUGAACAGUUCCUUUGCUCUAGAUGUCUCAUCUAGAAUCCUGACACAGAGUCCGAAAUUCAGUUGUAAGGCACCGAUAAAGCUCAAGCUACCCUACUUCUUCAUUCCACGACCCCCGGACAGCAAGCAUAGCAAUAAAUAAUGUCCCAAGACCAUCCCUAUCGCAGACUCCAAAUACCUAAAGAUGCGCCUUUCGAACUAAGACCCUCUUCACCUGGGAAAGGCUGGGGUGCCUUCGCUACGAGGUUGAUCAAACAAGGAGACCCGGUCUUGAUAGAAAGACCACUCUUCGUUAUUCCGAAACCGUCCCAAUACAUUACAGAUGGAGAUGUUUUUGCAGCAUUCCAGCGGUUGACACCGACGGCAAAACAACAGUUUUUACUUCUUCGUGACAAUGCCGGUGGUCCUUUCGAGAGCUUAAACGAAGCCCUCGCGGAAAACUCCCUCGCUAUGUCAGCCAACUCAGGACAUGGCCUGUUUCUGCUCCAUUCACGUUUUAAUCAUUCCUGCGUACCCAACGCCAAGAUCCCAGAGACCAGCGGUGAGAUCAUCACGAUGUUUGCAAUAAGGGACAUCAUGGCUGGCGAGGAGAUCACUUUCUGUUAUAAAAACGAUUUUGAGUGCAGGACCAGACGUGAGCGCCAUGAAGCACUACGUUUUGUCUGCGACUGCAAAGCCUGUCUACUCGGCACCCCCUUUCAACAGCUUAGCGACAUACGACGAAAAUUCGUUCGUGGGUUGCGGUACCUUACACUUGGUUUUGACAUAGAUGGGAAAAGACAAAAUUCUUCGUCUCCGAUAAUCGCUGACCGUAAACUAAAAGAAGCAGCAGAAAACUUAAGUAUUCCUCACUGUAAUAGACUAAUCUAUCAACUCUUAGUCUCAUUCUUGCUGGAAGAGGAAGGAUUACUAGACUAUCUCACGAGGGAAAGACUCGAACCCUCCAUGGUAAUAAUGCCGUCCUUAUUUGAAACGGAGAGCAAUGCUAGAAUCGCCAGGAUUGCCAUGGCGGAACAGACUUGGCUAGGAAAGGUUCAAAUGGCUUUCAGACUCUAUGGGCGAGCAGAUGCUGCCGAUGAAUUACUUUCCAAGGCGUUUCGGACACUACGCGGCAUCUGAAGGGCACUUGCUUUCGUGGUGCUUAACCUAUUGGCAUUUCAAAU